AUGACCGCUGGCACAUUGAGACCCCUUACAUUGCGGCGAUCAUGCCAAGCCUGCGCCAGGGGCAAGCGGCGAUGCGACCAGCGAUGGCCUCGGUGUACUCGCUGCGAAGCGAGAGGUGCAAACUGCGAAUACGUGAAUGAGCCUUUGACAGUUUUAAGCGGCGUUCAGAAAGCGCCAAGAAAGCGCGUAAGCCCAGCCAAUCACACUACAGGCUCCCCAUCCCCGAUUCGUCUCCCCUUGCAGCUGGAGAUCGCCAAGGAGUAUGACAGAUCAGCCAUUCGGUUCCUAGUGAAUGGGCUGCGUGCGCUCCCAAACACAUUUGCCGAAACCUGCAAGACAACGUUCGUGCAUCCCGAUCUCUACGCGUCAGGCCUUCCAGCAUCAAUUCGGGAUAUGCAAGUAAUUUGCAAAUCACAUCUUCAGGCGGAACAGCAACAACGCACUAGCGUACUUCUCCCACUACUUCAUCAGCGGUCCGGCGAAUUGCAUCGCCGUUUCAACCAAUCUUUAACAUUCGAGGAGCUCUUGGGCUGUUCACAAGCCCUUCUUCUAGCGCAAUGCAUCCUUGCCUUGAAUGGAGGCGGCGACCCAAACCAGUACUCAGAAAGGAUAAGCGUCAUGCUUGACGGAAUUGCAAUGCGAUUAUGGGAGCAGGCUCCUGUUCAACUUCCUUCUACGUUUAGUCGACGACGUGCAUGGCUUAUGGCCGAGAGUGUUCGACGCACCAUUAUCGUGAGCUUAAUGUUGAAGACUGCGUAUUCACUCAAUACGAGGAAUUGUGGUGCCCGAACACCUUUUGUUGAUGCUUUGCCUUUCGAUGUGCGGACGCAAUUGUGGGAGGACGACUCAGAUUAUACGUGGGCGACUGAAGCACCCGAAUCUCCUGAUUCCAUGAUAUCUUUGCAUGGGUACUCAGAUGCUUUGGAAAGUGGACAAUUUCGCAAUAUCUCUUCCUUUGGUGCGCUGGUCCUAGCUGCUUGCAAAGGAAAAGAAGUUUCGUCUAUACCAUUUCCUCCGCCGAUGCCUUAUUACGAGAGCUGA